UCCUGUCUCACGCAGUUCAAAGUCUUUGCUGUACAUUCAGUUUAUUAUUAUUAUUGUUGUUGUUGUUGUUGUUGUAAUUUUGUGGCGCAGGAUUCACGCGGAUGAUUUCGUGUUGUCCUUCCUCACCUGGCAGCACCUCUGCUUGUUUUCAUUUUUAAAUUCAGACGCACAGAAGGAGAGCUUUUGGUUUGGCUUGUGUUUCUCUUCCGUUAGCGCGUGCACUUCGCCCCGUUUAUCAUAGCCCUGCGCCAUUUACACUCAAACUUUAACAAAACAGCAACUCGGAAGAUUUCUGUCUGUCUUUGAUGAACUGAAAAUGGAAAUAAAAUGUCAGUAAAAAAAGGCAUGACAUUUUCAGUUCCAGUGUUAGAAUCCAGUUUCACGCAGCUGCGUGGUUUUUGCGUGAUUUAGAUAACGCAGUUUGUUUGAGGUGUACUGGGGAAUUUUGGGUCCAAUCUGAUAUCUGAUCCAGCAGGGAAAAAAUGACACGUCUGGUCUGAUGACAUGGACAUGACCUAGAGCUGAGCUGUGUGAGCGCUUUCAGCACUUUCCGAGCUGGAGCUCCUGCGCGCGCUGUGGAGAGGCGUUUCACUGCCCACACCGCGGCUUCACACGAUAAAGUGGAAUGACGUGGGUCACUUGGUGAAUAUUUGUCGCAGCCUUGAGAGAUGGAUUGUUGGCUGAACCUUAGCAAUAAUCCAGCCAAGAAUACAUCUUUAGGAGAUCAUCCCAUGAGAGGCCUGCUGCAAACCACGGGGAGCAUCGUACCCACCAGCUCCUUUUCCAGUGACGUCUCGAAUGGACUGAGCAGCGUUAACGUUCACAGAGAGCUACCGAUGGGACAAAACGCUCAAGAGCCUGACAGUAAAGCCUUCAAGAUGCAGCAAAAGCCGAAGGAAGGCUUUAACCUCAAGGAUAACCUCGCUCUUUUGGACGAGAGCAUCGCUGAUUUAAACCGCAACUCAAGUUCAGAAAACUUGUGCUUUCGAACCGCUGACACAUUCACAUUCAAAAUGGAGGAGUUUUCCUCUUUGGAUAAACCUGACUAUGACUAUGUCUCCUAUGACCAGCCGGAAAAAGACGAGUCUGGGAACGAGAGACUGAUAGAAGAGAACACGCUGGAUAUCCUACAGAGUCUGGAGCUACCUGGCUCUCUUCCAGACCUCAAUGAGUUCUGUGUGACAAAUGACAAUGCAUUUUUCCCUUCCCUGGCAGUGGAGGACACACCGCUCAUAGACAGCAGCAUGCUGAAGGAUAUCAAACCUGUUCUGCCUGGAAAAAACAUUAAUGGAAAUGAUAAAGCACAUCCACAGCAGACUCUGGAACAUAACCUCAAUGUUCCUGUCAUAAAGACAGAGAAAGACGCAGAUUUUAUUCAGUUGUGCACACCUGGUGUGAUCAAGCAAGAAAGUGAGAGGAGAGGCUACUGUCAGAUGACAACAAUGGCUGGGCAUCCUGGAGCGUCCGUCAGUCUGAGCAUGGACAGCCAGCCGUACCACUACGGAGUCAGUACCGCUUUAGCACACCAGAAGCCGGUACUGGACUUGUAUGGCCCUUUGCCAGCUGGCAGUGAUGGCUGGAUUCAGGGAAAUGGAUUUGGAGAUGCAUCAGGGAUGCAGAGAGCCAACAAGUCUGUGUCUCAACCAUGUCCUUCCACCUACACAUACAACAGUUCUGUGCUGAGGCCUGAAGCCAGCACUUCAAGCUCAUCUGGUCCCGCUCGACCCAAAGGCCCGACCAGAAAGAUCUGCCUGGUGUGUUCGGACGAGGCGUCAGGGUGCCACUACGGCGUUCUGACCUGCGGAAGUUGCAAAGUUUUCUUCAAAAGAGCUGUAGAAGGAUGGAGAGCACGACAAAACACACAUGGCCAACACAACUAUCUGUGCGCCGGGAGAAACGACUGCAUCAUCGACAAGAUUCGCAGGAAGAACUGUCCAGCCUGCCGCUUUCGCAAAUGCCUCCAAGCGGGCAUGAACCUAGAAGCACGCAAAAACAAAAAGUUGAUCCGACUAAAAGUGCAGCAGGCUACAGCUGAGUCCUCGUCCUUCAUGGCCAGCGAGCGUCAGUCCUCUCUGGUGCUCAAGUCCAUGCCUCAGCUCGUACCCACCAUGCUGUCACUGCUAAAGGCCAUCGAGCCUGAAAUUGUGUACGCUGGCUAUGACAGCACCAUCCCCGACACCUCCACACGCCUCAUGACCACCCUGAACCGUCUCGGCGGACGCCAGGUCAUCUCCGCCGUCAAGUGGGCCAAAGCCCUGCCAGGUUUCCGGAAUCUGCACCUGGAUGACCAGAUGACCCUGCUGCAGUGCUCCUGGCUGUUCCUCAUGUCCUUCAGCCUCGGCUGGAGAUCGUACCAGCAGUCCAACGGAGGCAUGCUCUGCUUCGCCCCUGACCUUGUCAUCAAUGAGGAGAGGAUGAAGCUGCCCUACAUGAGUGAACAGUGUGAGCAGAUGCUGAAGAUCACGAACGAGCUGGUGCGGCUCCAGGUCUCCUACGACGAGUAUCUCUGUAUGAAGGUGCUGCUGUUGCUCAGUACAGUGCCAAAGGACGGGCUGAAGAGCCAUGCUGUGUUUGAAGAAAUCCGCUUGUCCUACAUUAAAGAGCUGGGCAAAGCCAUCGUCAAACGGGACGAGAACUCCAGCCAGAACUGGCAGAGGUUCUAUCAGCUCACUAAGCUUUUGGACUCCAUGCAGGAGAUGGUGGAGGGACUGCUCAAUUUCUGCUUCUACACGUUUGUGAACAAGUCCCUGAGCGUGGAGUUUCCCGAGAUGCUGGCUGAAAUCAUCACCAACCAGCUUCCGAAAAUCAAAGAUCGCAGCGUCAAGCCACUUCUCUUUCAUCAAAAAUGACUGCCUUAGAUGAAGACAAUGCCUUAACUCCACCAGUAGCCUAACAGUUCUGAGUAAACCUUCAGCUAUCACGGCUUAACUGAGUGAGACCGCAUGAUUUAUCUUUUUUUUAGUGAGUGUGUGUAAAGAUUGAUUGAGAGGGAAAGAAAGUCAGUUGAAAGAAAGUUAAAGUGUCCAUGGCACAGACAAGGACUGGAGAUGUACAUAUAUAUAUAUAUAUAAAACACACACACACACACAUAUACAAGCCUUUUUCAACCCUUUAUUCUCAUAAAUCACCAUUAUAAUAUUUUCUGCAGAAGCAUUCAGUUCGGAUCCGGCUCAUUUUAGAUGAGAAGAAAUCUUUGCGAUGCAAUGUUUACCAAGGGACAUCAGAGAAGGGAAAAUGUGCCUUUAAAAAAAAGCUGCGCUAUUUCUUAAUGUAAAUGGCUUACAUGCUUUUUGUGUUUGUGCCUUGUACCUGUGAUAGCUUUUUCUGCUCUCCUUUAAAACAACAGUGUUUGGUUUUCUAAAGUUGGCAGCUCAGUAAUCCUCAGGACUGCUGAAAGUCAGGAUGUAAUCCCUGAAGCUGCGCCAUGGAAAAAAAAAGCCCUUUUCAACCCAUUUGCUGCGCUUGAAAAUAUUAGAAAAUAUUUUUCACUGCUCUUUGAGGUCUUUUGUCACUGGCUGCACACUGUUCAUCAUAUGACCUCAUUAAUCAUAUUCACAUAUUCAGAGUUUGAGUUUAAGUCUAUAUUCCCUGUGAUUUGAGACACAGCCAUUUGUGUGCUGUGAAACAGCAGGUUUCAUUCUCUGCUGGACGAACAGAGUAAACUCAGUAAGUGCUUCAUCGAAAUGAUGAAAUGUUCUAGAGCUUUAUUUUCUUUGCACACGUAGUAGUACAACGAGAUGCAGUUUGCUUGUUGUGAUCGUUCUGUCAGCUUAGUGCAGCAGUGAUUCAGACUGAAACGGAUUAAUGGAUCGAACCGGGAACUCUGUGAGCUGUGAGUCAGCGACGGUCCCCGCUGCACCACCGUGCCUCUCCUGAAAGAAUAAUACCAUUUUAAAUUUACAUGUUGAAAAAAAACUUUGAAACUACUUCCUGCCUUUCCAGAACCAAAUUGUUAAUUUGUUUGUUUUGACUCCCUAAAAAAAUCAAACUGACUUUAUUGAAGCUGAGAACAUUGUUGGUGGCUGUUUGGUUAGAAAACAGGAAGUAGAGUAAGUGUCUUUAUCUUGGAGAAACAUAUAGCAGUUUAAAAUGCUCAUCAUAUCAGCAACAGGCUUUAGCAGUAUGUUAUCUUUAACCUGGUCUACUGUUGGUACAGGGUGUGUGUGUGUGUGUGUGUGUGUGUGUGUGUGAGAGUGUGUUUGAAGCGUUGCAGGCAGCUUUUCUAUAACUGCUAGUGUCUUUUUUUCUGCACUUCCAUUUUCCUAUUUGUUUCAGUCCUUCUGUAGAAUUUGUUUAAUUGGAGAGUUGUUUUUAACUCUGGAACCCUGGUUUUAUGUGCUUUGUUUGCUCUCAUGGUGCCAAAACCUGCACACUGGCCUUCUGUCUGCUCAGGCUCGAGUCUAUUUGUCCUUCUAUCUGCUCUAGUUUUUUUUUUUAUUAGAGCGAUUUGUUGUCUUUUUACCAAACUGCACCAGCAAAGCUUUAUACAAAUGUCUGAGGUCUACAGGCCUAGUCAUUUAAUAACAGCCUCGUCAUUUUAGCGUGCACGUUUAUUUAUAGUGCUUAGAAGUAGUUUUUUUCUUACUGUGACCACAACAUUGCUGUGUUUAAAAAGAAAGAAUUUCUCUUUUACCCAAACACGGCAUACACAGACUAAAAAAAAAUCCUUAUUUUGUCAUAGGACUGGGGUUUUGUCUAGUUUUGUUUUUAAUCCCACUCCUGCCAUGUUCAGAAGGAAUUCUGACGAAUCCCGCUGCAGUUAUUUUGGUUUGGACCAGUCUGUAAUACACUCUAAUGAACUUAUUUGGUUCACUUUCAUCUUUCAGUAAUUUAAACCACAGUGACACUAAAUCCGUUACUGAUGUGGAAGAAUAAAUGCAGUUAACUCAAAAAUAUCAUAUCACGAUACUUUAAGACGUGUAUGAUAUGCGAGCUGCAUCACGAUAUACAGUUUAUCACAGUUUAGCUAAUGAACAGCCGGCAAAACAGAAGAGCUGCAUUAAACCUGAAAAAUGAAGAAUGGAUAAACUGAGCUUAAUGAGACUUAUUUAAUUUCUACAUUCUAACACUGAAAAUCUUUUAAAAAUGUACAGUUUUAAAAGUAUUUUUUUUUACAUCAGCUGCUUCCAUUCAAUUCCAUUUAGUUUGUAAUUAUUAAAAACAACAAAGUUAUAAAUAUCACAGUAUAGACAAUAUGUCAGAAACUGACUUCCACGACAGUAGAAAAUGCUCCUGUGACCUUUUUUGUUGCGUUCUACAGAAUCCCAGUUACUUUCACAUACAGUACAACGUUCCCAGGGUCCCACACACACACCCAUCUGUCCCACACACAUCACCUGGAAAUUUCAGGUAUCUUCAGGUAUCAGCAAAUUCUGUUUAAUGCCUUUUCAUGCCUUUUUAAUGUACUUUGUACAUUAAAAUACUACGUUUAGCUUUUGUGUAGCCUUAACAGUGUGAAAGUGUCUCAAAAUGGCUUUUAAAAAUGUCUUAAAGCGCUGUUUGUAAAUGAAAAACCUAGCAAGUACACCGGCUGUCAGCUUUAGGUUAGCUGUAGGUUAGCUGUAGGUUAGCUUUAGCUUGGUAAUCUGUGAUGGUCGGCUUUUUAUUCCCAUUUUUGUGUCCGUCGCUGCGUAUGAGACUUCAUCAUUAAUUCAAAACGUAAAUGAUGAUUCAGUGAAAAACUUUUCCUUCCACCUGGUUCCCAUCUCUAUGUCAGGCUCUUACUCCAUUUACAGGUAAUCAGUGCAAUAUUAUUUUUCACUAAUGCUUGUUAAGUAGCUAUAAUACUAAAUAAGGAAUUUGAUUGGACAACAGGCAUUCUGUCAGUAGUGACAUCACACGUAACAGCACUGGAUCAUUUUACUGCGUACAUCCUGUGUGCUGAUACAGGCGGGGAUUAUACAAACCUGGACGUGUUUAUGAAAAUAAAAUGAAAUUUUGACGUGUUUAUAAUGCAUAUAAAAGUGAAAUCAUUUAGAUUGAAGAUCAGAGUUUUAAUGGCAUUUAAGCACAAAAUUCAUUUAAUGUUUUUCAUUAAUCUGAAGAUACUCUGAAACAAAUCUUUAGUACACCAAACUUUUAAAAAAAUUUAGUUUUUUGUCAGACUGGAUUUAUAAAGACAAAUUGGGAUUAUUUUGUCAGUUUCUCUUCCCAACCCCACCACACAUGAUCCCUGGCAGUCCUCACUCGUCAAAGACACAACAUUUUAAAAUUUACUUUCGAGUUCUUAUCCUACAGCAGUUCUAGGAAAUCUCAUUUGUCUCAUAUCUGAAUGAUUUUUCCUGUAAUUUUAUUGCAUAAGAUGCUUUUGUCAUGUUUGUAUUUUGUUUUUUAAAAGAUGUAUUGCACUUUCAUGUAAAACAAAGUGUUAUGUUUGCCUUGUAAGUAAUUCUCUAAAUGAAUGGAAAAGACUUCAGAGCGAUCACUGUGUUUUAAAGACAACAGAUUGGGAAUGUAGGGUUUUUUUUCUUCGUUACAGCGGCUAAAACAUGGUAGAGUAACGAUAUGAUGAUGAUGAUGAUGAUGAUGAUGAAGAUGAUGAUGAUGAUAAUGAUGAUUAAUGAAAGUGUUUAAAGCAGUCACAUUUUCCAGUAGCACUUGGUAUCAUGUUUCGAAUGUGUUGUUUUACUUCAUUUUUUAUUUCCUUUCUAGGCUUUGGUCUCAUGCAUAUUGCUGUGAAAAAGAACCAGUCACUUGAAAAAAGAAAAAGAAAAAAAAAAAAGAUAAAACUGUGUGUGAAA